AUGUCCGCGCUACCCCUCGCCCGCGCGCACCAGCUUUGCGCGCCUCUCAUUCCACCAUGCCUUUCGCCGCCCCCAUAUCUCCGCUCCGCUCCUCUACCGCCACUCUCCGCCAUCCCCGCAAGUCCGCUCUGCCGUCGCCGCACUCCGCUCGCCCCACUCCGCGGGGCGGCCAGGCGGCGCGCGAUCGCGCUAAGGGCGCAGGCGGCGGCAGGCGGGGAUGAGGGGAAGGAGUCGAGGGGCGGGGCUGGGGGCGAGCGAAGCAGCGGCGGGGUGAAGCGCGUGGUGAUUCUCGGCGGGAGCGGGCGCGUGGGGAGGUCGACGGCCGUGGCGCUGGCGGCGCUGGCGGCGUCCGACGAUGAGGCGACGCGCGCGGAGUUCCAACUGGAGCUGAUCAUCAGCGGGCGCAACAGGCGAGGCAGGGGGAGGGGCGAGGCGGUGUGUGAGGAGGUGAGGGCGGCAGCAGGGGCGGCAGGGAGAGCGACGUUCAUAGAGUGCGACAUCACCGACGCCUCUGCACUCGACGCCCUCCUCACAGGAGCCGACCUGGUGGUGCACUGUGCGGGGCCCUUCCAGCAAGAACCGAACUGCACCGUUCUGGAAGCAGCCAUCCGCACCAAGGUGGGCUUCCUAACCUCUCAGACCUCUUCCUCCUCUCUCCACUUUCACGCCCUGCACCGCCCUCCACACGCCAUGCAGCAGUGCUCCCUCGCUCUGUCCAUCACCCGCCCCACGCCCAACGUGGAUGUGUGUAGCGACGUGGCGUUCGCUGGGAACGCGCGGGAGAGAAGAUUCGACGUGCCUCCUUUCUUGCCCUCUCCCCACUCUCCCAAUAACCCCCCCCCCCCCCAGACGCCGUACGUGGACGUGUGUGACGACGUGGCGUACGCUGGGAACGCGCGCUCGCUGCACGGGGCUGCAGUGGCGGCGGGUGUGCCGGCCAUCACCACUGCCGGCAUCUACCCGGGCGUCAGCAACUUGAUGGCAGCAGAGCUGGUGCGGCUGACAGGGGAGGAGGGGGCGCGCAUGGAGGAGCAACAAGGCCAGCAGCAGGCCGCUCUGGGCCUUCGACCAAAGAGCCUGCGCUUCUCGUAUUUCACGGCGGGCACGGGAGGGACGGGUCCCACCAUCCUGACAACUAGCCUGCUGCUGCUGGGGGAGCCUGCCACGGCCUUCAAGGACGGUCAGCGCCUGCAGCUGCCAGCAUACAGCCGGCAGCGUCUGGUGGACUUCGGGCCGGGCGUGGGGGAGAGAAGCACGUACCUGCUGUCUCUGCCCUCGUCUCUCCCACUCCUCUCCCACUCCCUUCCCACUCCGCUCCCACAUCUCUCGCGCUCCUCUCCCGCUCCUCCCCUCCUGCCUCCACCCCCCCCCAGCAACCUACCGGAGGUGGUGUCAGCGCACGAGGUGCUGGGGGUGCCCACGGUGUCGGCGCGCUUUGGCACGGCGCCACACAUGUGGAACUGGGGCAUGCAGCUGCUGCACGCCCUGCUGCCUCAGGCCGUGCUGCAGGACCGCAGGGCAGUGCAGCGCAUGGUGGGCGCGUUGGGGCCUCUGGCCGUGCUGCAGGACCGCAGCGCAGUGCAGCGCAUGGCGGGCGCGUUGGAGCCGCUGGUGCGCGCCGCUGAUGGCACCGCGGGGGAGAGGGUCGCCAUGCGGGUCGACUUGGAAACCGAGAAUGGUCGCUCCACAAUGGCUCUUUUCUCUCACCGCCGCUUAUCAGUGAGUGUGGGCGUGGCUACAGCAGCGUUUGCAGCCGCUCUGCUGGAAGGCACGUCCCUGCCAGGCGUGCACUACCCUGAACAGGCUGAGGCCAUCCCAGUGGCGCAGCGAGAGAAGCUAUUGCAACGUGCCACUCUGGGCGCACGAUUCUUCGCCAUCAACAAGCCCGGUUGGAUGAUUGAAAGGGAACCCAAGCAGAUUGGCAUGGGUAUGUAUGUGUGA